CUGCGACCCCCUCCCCCAACCCCACUGACUCCACAUGAGGACGGACUGAGCGGAGCGGCGGCGGCUCGCUGCAGCUGUAGGACGGCAGAUGGCACCGCUGCGCCGUUCCUGCGGACCGCUCUUGGCUCGGAGACGCGUCCACGUUGUUCGCACUGUCUGCUUUCGCUCCACUUCCCCUGUUCAGCGUCCCACCCUCACUCUCUGCCUCUCCAGCUUCCAGUGUGCACCUAUCCGUCUCCCACAAGCAUCAGCUGCCUCUUCCAUCAGUCUCCGCGCUCCUACGGCGCACAGAAAUAAACCAGCAAGGCGAUGGGAACUCUGCGCCCGGAACGAGCGGCCGCCGCGAGCCUCUGCAUCUUCCUGCUGACCGCCGCGGCGGUGUGGAGGGCGCUGCCCGGAGCCGUGCAGGGGGACAGCGGGUCUUUUAGCCGGCGCGGCGGUAGCGGGGAGGAUCGGACGUCUGACGCGGGCGGCGGCGGGAAGCCCCGCGCCAGGAGAGCCGUGUCCUGGGAUAAACGGAUGUCCCUGCUCAGCAGCUCGUUUGUGCUGAAAGGAGAUGCGACGCACAACCAGGCGAUGGUCCACUGGACGGGAGAGAACAGCAGCGUCAUCCUGAUCCUGACCAAGUAUUACCAUGCCGACUCAACCAAGGUGUUGGAGAGUUCGUUGUGGAGGUCCACUGAUUAUGGGACGACCUACACCAAACUCAACCUGAUCCCAGGGACAGCCAUCGUGGUGACCAGUUUCUACAUCUGUCCAACCAACAAGAAGAAGGUGGUCAUGGUGGGCUCGUCCAUCAACGAACGAGACCAGAUGCUCUUCAUCAGCACAGACGAGGGCUCCUCCUUCCAACGGCAGGCGGUCGCCUUCACACCAGAGUCCGUCAUCUUCCACCCAAAGGAGGAAGACAAGCUGCUGGCGUACUGCAAGGACGGACGGCUUUUCGCUUCAACCGAUCUGGGCCGCAAGUGGACUUUACUUCAAGAGAGGGUGACCAAGGACAGAAUCUUCUGGUCUGUGUCUGGUGUGGAUUUGGAUCCUGAUCUGGUGCACAUGGAAAUGCAAGAUUCAAGUGGAGGCCACCUCUACGUCACCUGCCUCAUCCAGAACUGUUCGGACAAAAUGCUGACCGCCCAGUUUCUGGGUAGAAUUGAUCACAAUUCGCUGCUGGUGCAAGACGACUACAUAUUUGUAAAGGUCACAACAGGUAACCGCACCAAGCACUAUGUGUCCUAUCGGCGCAAUGAGUUCAUCCAGAUGAGGUUUCCCAAGUAUGCCCUGCCGAAGGAUGUUCAGAUAGUGAGCACAGACGAGAGCCAGGUGUUCCUGGCCCUACAGGAGUGGUACCAGUCAGACACGUACAACCUGUACCAGUCGGACUCGCAGGGCGUCUACUACUCCAUGAUCCUGGAGAACGUCCGCAGCACCAAGCAACCGGAGGAGAACGUCCUCAUCGACAUCCUGGAGGUGCGUGGGGUGAAAGGCGUCUUCCUUGCCAAUCAGAAGGUCGACGGAAAAGUGACGACUCUCAUCACCUUCAACAAGGGGCGGACCUGGGAACCCCUGGCCCCGCCCGCCACGGACAUGAACGGCAAGCCAGUCAGCUGCAAAGUACCGGAUUGCCAUCUCCACCUCCACCUGCGCUGGGCCGACAAUCCCUACGUCUCUGGCACCGUCCACACUAAAGACUCGGCUCCGGGCCUCAUCAUGGGCGCUGGUAACCUUGGCUCCAAACUCGUAGAGUAUAAGGAGGAGAUGUACAUCACUUCAGACUGUGGGAAGACAUGGAGACAGGUGUUUGAAGAGGAGCAUCACAUCCUGUAUCUGGACCAUGGUGGAGUCAUUGUUGCCAUCAAGGACACUUCUAUUCCCCUCAAGAUACUGAAGUUCAGCAUUGAUGAAGGCAGAACCUGGAACAUUCACAACUUCACCAGCACGUCUGUGUUCGUCGACGGACUCCUGAGCGAACCAGGAGACGAAACUCUGGUUAUGACUGUGUUUGGCCACAUCAGCUACAGGUCAGACUGGGAGCUGGUCAAAGUGGACUUCAGGCAGUCUUUCCCCCGUCAGUGCACUGAGUUGGAUUACGAGUCCUGGCAGCUCACAGACCUGCAGGGGGAAAAGUGCAUUAUGGGACGAGAGCGGACCUUCAGGAAGCGGAAGGACAGCGCGUUCUGCGUGAAAGGAAAGAGCUACACCUCGGCUCUCACCGCCUCGCCCUGCCAGUGCACCGACAGCGACUUCAUCUGUGAUUACGGCUUUGAGCGCUCCUACACGGAGGGCGAUCGAUGCUUCCCAGACUUCUGGUUUGAUCCCGAAUCCCCCCCAGAGAGCUGCCACCUCGGACAAAACUACCAGUCUAGCACUGGCUACAGGAAGGUGAUAUCGAACUCUUGCGAGGGAGGCCUCGACAAACAGCAGAGCGCUAAACAGCACAGCUGUCCUCUGCUGCCCCCUAAAGGGCUGAAGGUCGGCAUUAAAGGCCAGAUGCUGGCCGUGGCCCCUGGCGAUGACAUCACGUUCAUCGUCCACCAGGAGCAGGGCGACACGAGCAGCACCAGGUAUCAGGUGGACCUCGGCGACGGCGUUCGAACAAUUUACCAGAACCUGACGGUGACUGACGAGCCCAUCCAGCACCGCUACGAAAAGCCCGGCGUUUACAAGGUGACGGUGAAGGCGGAGAACAUUGCGGGACACGACGAGGCCACCAUGUACAUCCAGGUCACAGAGCCUCUGCAGGAAGUUCACCUGGAAGCGGUUCCCAUCGCCAGGAGAAACCAUGUAGUCAACCUGACGGCCAUAGUUCUUCCCACUACAGCCAACCUGACCGUCUUCUACUGGUGGCUCGGCGACGGCCCUAAGCCCAAACUGACCCUCCAGAACAGCCUUUUGACCCGUUUCCCCGAGAGCGGAGAGGUUUCCGUCACCGUCCAGGCGUCCAACGGCCGAUCCAUGGUGCAGGACACAAAGAUCGUCAGAGUCUAUGACAACUUCCAAGUCAUCCCGCUGAGCUUCAGCAGGAACCUGGACCGUUUCAACCCCAACAUCCCGGAGUGGAGGGACGACGUCGGCCAGGUGGUCACCAAGCUCCUAGCCAAGACCACAGGCGUACCUCAGGACUCUCUGGUUACCGUGGUGAACCCAGGCCUCCCCACGACGGCCGACCUGUACGUGUUGCCGCUGGACUCCAAACCAGCCAAGGGCAGCGUAUUAGUAGAUAAGCGUAUCCCAGCGGUGGUUCAAGCGGUCAGCGACAAGAACAUCAGCUUCAUGGUCCGAGGCACUCUGCGGGUGUUGGUGAUGUUGGCCGACCCGAACGCAGGCUACCACGGAGCAGCCGGAGGUCCAGGUGUCUGGGCGCUGGCUGUCAUAUUCCUAAUAAGCGUCGUUGGCACUGGCUCGUUCAUUCUGUACAAGUUUAAAAGUCCUUGGCCUAGGACUGAGGACCCCUAUCCUCCACUGUUUUUCAGAAAGCUCCCCGGCAACCGCAACAUCUACGCCCAGAUGCACAACGAGAAGGAGCAGGAGAUGACCAGCCCCGUCAACCACAGCGAGGACACGCAGCACAUCAUCCAGGGCGAGGAGUUCAUCGACGACGACCUGGACUCGCAGACUCUAGGUAACGCGGGAGGCAGCCCCGCCUUCCGUUCUCUUAUAAGGACUACCACUAACCACUGCUACUAAAACAGCCAGGCCACUAACUCCAGCAGCUAACACACACCAAGGCAACCACUCAGGUGUGAUCCUGAGCAUCAACUCCAGAGAAUUACACGGUUACCUGAGCAGCUGAUGGCUGACGGGGCAACGCUGACGGGCUAGCCCAGCCUAGCCGAGCCAGCUAACAAGCACAGGGACUCUGACUUCCUCUUCCUCCCCUCCCCCGCCUCUCUCUCUAUCUCUCUCUCUCUUUUUUUUUUUCCAUCCACGUUGGAGACAUCAGAUCUACCUGACAGCCUCUUCCAACCCAACGUUUUGGCGAUCUGUUUGAAUUUUUUUGUAUUCCACGUCCCUUUCUUCUCCUUUUCAGUUCGUCUCAGCUCUGAAGAAGUGUUUAAGGUUCAUCUGUUAAUUUAUGUAUCAGUGCUUCAAAAAUGUGCUGAAGUAGCACAACCUCCCUUACUGGUUUUAACUGAUGAGAUGGUUGAUCGGUGGAGGCCAGCAGCGACUGAAAUCAGGCCUCGCAAAAGUCUUACCUUUACCUAAACCUUUAUUAUUAAUAUUUGUCAUGUUGCAGCUAUGAACUUGACUUAAAUCGUUACUUGGACUGGGCCACUCUUAACGUGUGCGUUCCUGUAAACCGUCCCGUUGUAACUUCAGUGGUAAGAAGAAUGUCUUUCCUAAUGUCACAGGCUGUUUUCAAAGCCUACGAUUUUUUUUUGUCGCCGUUUUUAUCUGCUCCAGUCUUUCCCUUUGCGGCGUCCCCCACAGCAUGACGCUGCCGCCGCUAUGUUUCCUGCUGGCGCGAUCAGAGAGAUGAAUUGUUUUCCUUCUACUUCACAUUAUGCAACAAUUUAAGUUGGUGUGUUAAUAAUACAUUGAAGUUUGUGGUUGUAAUGUGCCCAAAUAUAGAGCUUUGAAGGGGUAGAAAUACUUUUCCGAGGCACCGUAUGGUUAUGUUUGAGCCAUGCUGGGGUAGUGAUGUUAAAUGAAAGAUGAGCCCGCUUUUAGUCCUUUACUUACUUUUCUUCUCCCCCAAAGUUAGCACUCCUCUCUUUUUACAAGGCAAUAAUAAUCUCAAUGGAAUGUACAGUAUAAUAAAAACCCUUGUGAACUUGCAUCUGAAGGCAAUAAGCACGCAAACACAAGAGGGCGGUGUUGCACUUUUUUGGAAUUUCCACUCACAGGUACUUCUCACCUCCUUGGGACUACACCAUUAUGUCCACAUAGCUUUGAUCUUUCUUUUUUUUUUUCCCCCCCUUUUCUACGUCACCAUUGUUCCGGAUCCUUGUUUAAAAUCGUAUGAAUAUCGAUGUGCGGUGUUUCAAUUGAGUAUCGGCUCUCGUCUGUCCCAUGGUGCCUAAGACGGCAGACUUCGAUCUGCUCUGUGACAUUUCUCUGCCAUCAUGUUAUUUGUGUUUUAACUCUCCCGCGGUCAAACAGCGGGCUGGGACGGGCGACGAGAGGUUCCUGAAACCAUAAACACACCACACACACACAAAACGUAAAAAGCUCGCGGCUUCUUAAUCGGCCCCAUUUCUGACCGCGGGAGCGUUAAAAAUGAAAAGAAGAAGAAGAAAAAAAAAAAGAAUGGCCCUUUCUGUUCCUCCUUACACGUUGUAGGUCGGAGCGGACUCUGUCCCCUGGAGACGAAGGUUGCGACAUGAGGAGAAAGGGGGGGUAAGUCGACGUAUUCUGUAUCAGCCUAUAUUAGGCGUAGCCCACGGUGAAAUCUUGUCUCUUUAAAGGUUUGGUUUUGUUGUAUGUAAAUGUGUAAAUAUGAACAGCGAUUUCCACUUUGUAUAUAUUCCCAUCAACGUGUGUGUUUGUGUUUUACACGACUACCAAAAUAAAUCUUUUUUUUUUUUUUCCCCCCCUUUCUCCUUCUGUAUUGAUUCGCCAAUGGCUUUCCUAAUGACGAUAUUAAAAACAAAUGUUUUCGGUUUCGAUGUCAUCGCUUGCUUUCCCUGUAUCCAUUUUCAAUAUGACUGUUUUCGGAUCAGGAAUAUUUCACACUUAUCGCUAACUGGAAGUAAGACUGUCAUCUCCAAAAGGCGCUGACAGCUACUGUAUACAGUCAUUAUUAUGUAUAUGGAUAUUUUUGAUACACGAGUUCAUUUUCUUUUUCUGUUGACCUCUUGCUGAUGACUUUUUGUGCGAUUGCUUGCACUAACUGGUUUUACGAAGUAUGACACAGUCCAAUGAAAACCUUAUGUUUGAAGGCCUUUGCAGGCCACCAAUAACCAGCAGCAGCUGUGUUUCCACUGACCAUAACAUUUUGAAUUAGAAAAAUAAAUUCGCUUAAUGGAAACGCGAAACAUUUAGAGAAAGAAAAGAAAAAAAAUCAUGUUUUUUGCUAGAAAACACUGGAGCUAUGAUGAGGUGGUCUUCUGACCAAACUAUGAAAAAUAUUAUUUCACAACACUUCAAUGGAAAAACAUUUUUUUACCCAUCACAUGUUUAUGUUAUCAAUAAUCGGAUGUUACAACUGAUGGAAAAGACGAAGAAGUGGUAGAAGGAUGAUGGAUGAUUUUUAAUAAACAAACUUAAUUUACUUGAUUUAAACCGCUUUCUUAUUUAACGGAAACACCGAAAUUGUGAAAUUGUCUGUUUUUUUUGUGUUUUUUUUUAAGACAUUAGCUAACAUUAGGUUUUGCGCACAUCUGUUACGGAAACGCAGCUACUGUUGUCACGAACACUCUUGGGGUUUAUCACGUAUUGAAUACGGCACAUUACAUUCGCUUGUUUACACCUUGGAUCAUCUUUUGUACAUAUAUUCUGCUCAUGUUCCAGUUAGUUUUCGUAGUGAGGUGUCGUCAUUGUAUCAAUGUUCCUUUAAGCAAGAAGGGGGGAACGUGAGGGGUUGUGAUAUUCCACUGUAUUAGUCCAGUGAGUUUCACGGAUGAUGACACUGACGUUGUGAUUUGUACCACGCUGCUUUUUUCUUUGGUUGCGUUUUCUAUUCGCUGGUUUGUUUGAUCUCUUCGUUUGUGUGCUGUCUCUUCAGGAAGCCUAAUGCACUGAACCUGCAUCCUGAAAUAAAUCACUCCCAUAACUUGUA